AUUAUAGGUGGCAGUGUGCACUCUUCAGUGGAUGUGCAAGUCUCCAGGCAACACAGAGUAGAAGAAGAAGAACAAGAUGGCGGAACGAGGCUACAGUUUCUCCCUCACCACAUUUAGCCCCUCGGGUAAACUGGUCCAGAUUGAGUAUGCCCUGGCAGCCGUAGCAGCCGGAGCUCCCUCAGUGGGCAUCAAAGCUUCCAAUGGAGUUGUCCUGGCAACAGAGAAGAAACAAAAGUCCAUUCUGUAUGAUGAGCAGAGUGUCCACAAAGUGGAGCCAAUCACUAAACACAUAGGCAUGGUCUACAGUGGAAUGGGUCCUGACUACAGGGUUUUGGUGCGACGAGCCCGGAAGUUGGCACAACAGUACUUCCUGGUUUACCAGGAGCCCAUCCCCACAGGCCAGCUCGUCCAGAGAGUGGCCUCUGUAAUGCAGGAGUACACACAGUCCGGUGGGGUGCGUCCGUUUGGUGUUUCAUUGCUGAUUGCCGGAUGGGAUGAAGGCCAACCCUACCUGUUCCAGUCAGACCCCUCUGGUGCAUAUUUUGCAUGGAAAGCCACAGCCAUGGGCAAGAACUACGUUAAUGGAAAAACAUUCCUGGAAAAAAGGUAUAACAACGAUCUGGAGUUGGAGGAUGCCAUCCACACAGCCAUCUUGACAUUGAAGGAGAGUUUUGAGGGUCAGAUGACAGAGGAGAACAUUGAGGUGGGGAUCUGCAACGAGGCCGGCUUCAGAAGACUCACCCCAGCGGAGGUGAAAGACUACCUGGCAGCCAUUGCGUGAACACACCCUCCCUGGUGAUGGGGCUCUCUGGACACAUUUCAUGACAUAAAAGCACAGUAGCCAACUGUCUCAUGACACAUUAUUUUAAACCACAGGUAGUCACAUAGUUUGUCCAUGUUGAGAUAUGACCAAACUGUUUCUGUCCUGAAAAUACAUCAGAACAAAUGCUAAAACCUCACUAUAUUCCAAACUAUAAAUGUGAGUUGGCAGAAUUAGACAGCCUCUUUAGUAUUAUGCCCAGACCCUCUUUACUUUGUGAUGGCACUUGUGUGUGCAGCUUAUGUGGCUUUUCACAACUGCAUAGACUGAACAUCAGGGACUGUGAGAUGGCAAACUAAUGUUAUCACAUAACUAUUUGGCCUCGUUAUAAAAUGGAUAUCCUGGUACUGUGAAAUGUGACAGUUGGCUGCUGUGUAUAUGAAAAGGAAUGUGGGCUCUGAUGCGUGAAAUCUCAAGUUUUCCAUUGAAUUCUUACAUUUUCUUAUUUGUCAUUACCGUUUAAAAGGCAAUUCUAUCGGUUUUCAAAUCAAGCAAUGUUUCUGUAUCAUUACUCGGAAUGUAAAUGCUUGUAACCAUUGUGCAAAAUGGCCCUCUAGUCUAGGUGAACAAAAAGGACAACAUUGAAAAUGGUAAUGAGGCUAAUGUUUAUAAAAGACUUGGUAUUUACUCAUUUUGAACAUUGACAGUUUUCCUUUUAUUCACCGGACUGCACCUAAUUAGUAUCCCUGAAAUACAAUAAACGAGGAUCGGCUUAGGAGGAAGGAUGCAAUGGAAAGUGUUGAGAUUUUACACUUAGGAUCUGGUUGCCUGUACAGCCGUUUUACAAAAAGCUCUUUUUUUCAGGCUAGAAACAAUUCUAGAGUUUGUAUUUUUUCUUCUGGUAUCUGUCACUUAUUCAAAUAAAAGACGAUGAGUUAAUGUUGA